AUGUUUGGCUGCAAAUAGAUGGAUAAAGAUGUUGAUAAACGAGUCGAGUGGCUCCAUUCUGAACAGUAUUCUGCUGCCGGUAACAUUUUUGGAGAGCCACAAAAGACCACACGGGUCGGGAAUGAAUACCAGGCACAAAUCCCACCUUUGAUGACAGAAAAUGAGCGAGUCAAACUCAUAAACGUACCCGUCUGUGAAUUUGGUCUGUCAAUUCCUGUCACUUGGGUUCACAGUCAACAUAAGAAAGAGGAAGAAACCAUGGAUAUUGAAGCAAAUGCAAAGGGUGAGUCUUGUGAAACAGACAGUGAUUUGGUUCCGGUUCCUUGUUUAUCAAGUGAAGAACGUUGGAGCGCGAUUGAACAUGAUAGUUUUAUUCUUGGUUUGUAUAUAUUCGGCAAGAAUCUUCGCGUUGUGAACGAGUUCAUGGGGGAUAAAGGUAUGCCAAAUGUUAUAUCGUAUUACUAUGGGAAGUUUUAUAGAAGCGGUGAACACCAAAAAUGGUCGAUGUAUCGGAAAAAAAGAAUUAAAAAGUCUCUUCCUGGAAAAAAGAUUUUCAGAGGAUGGAGGCUGCAAGAGCUUUUGUCUCGAUUGCUUUCUAAUGUGACCGACGAGUGUAAAGCUAGUUUGACACAGGCCAUUAGAUCGUUUGAGGAGGGUAAACUUUCGUUUGAGAAGUAUGUGUUCACUUUAAGGGAUACGAUGGGCCUCGAUCUUCUUGUACAAGCCGUAGCCAUUGGCAAAGGAAAACAAGACCUUACUAUCAAGACCCGAACGCGAUUAAGAAGCAAAAAAGUUCAAUCUACAUGCUCGUCUCUUAAAACAGAAGAAAUUGUUGAUAUUUUGAGGGAUCGAAUUGGAUUAAGCAAAACGCGGUUAAAUGAGUUCUUCUGGGCCGCUGUGUGGCCUCGGCUUUUGGCUAGAGGAUGGCACUAUGAACAGGCUAGAAACUACGCGUUCGAAAACUCGAAGAAUUUAGUGUUUCUUGCACCUGGUGUGACAAAGUUUUCAAGGAGGAGUCUGGUCAAAGGAAGUCAAUAUUUUGACUCGUUGACUGAAGUGCUGAAUAAAGUUGCAUCUGAACCGCACCUUCUUGAACACGAACCUGACAAGGACCGGUCGGUCGACCCAUAUGAAGCACACGGGUCAGAUGAUGAACAAGAUUCGAUGAAAUGCACGGUUGUGGAUACCAGUUUCGUUGGGCUUGUUAAAGUCAGAGAGCUCACAAGUUUGACUGAUUUUAAACCUGCAGAUAUGCAAGCGUCGGCUAAUGUAUCCGGAGAAACCGCACAUGACACAACAGAAGAAUCUCAAAAUGAAGACGUGAGUCUUAAGAAAGCCGAAAAUACGAAAAUGGAUCUCUCUACAGAUGGGCAACCAGCAAACAAACAGAAGUUGGUAUACAAACGAAAAACGAAACAUCAAACUGUCGUUAAUAUUAAAAACGACAACACUUGUGGUGAAGAUGAAGACGUGGAAGAUGCUGCAUGUUUUGAUAAGAAGCAUACGAGGAUAGUGAUCGACUUGAACAACCCUCGAGUGGGUCCAUGUUCAGAUGAUGAUAACAAAUCAUCUUCUGCUAAACCUUCAGUUGUGUCUGUAACAACCUCCAAGUCCAACCAGACUGACCCGUUGACUCUUGCUAAUGGUCAACGACAAAGUAGAAGAAACCGUGCAUUGACCACAAAAGCAUUGGAAGCUCUUGAGAACGGAUUCAUGAACCCGAUAAUGAACAGGAGAGAGCCAGUGGAUGGGACCCGCAGGCGUGUUCGUGCUAAAAUGGGUCAUGUAUCAAGUUGUGGUCAAAUAGUACUUACAUAGUUAAAGAUUGUGCUUGAUUUUUAUAUAAACAUGUUUGAGUUUA